AUGUCCAGGGAUACUGCAACAGAAAAGGAGAGGCGCUCUCCGUUGGACCAUCUUCCACCCCCCGCAUCCUCUAACAAGCCGCUCACGCCGUUCAGCAUAGUGGACAUACUCAGCAAACCCUCAGUGAAAAGAGGGACAGCACUUAUCUUUGCGGACAAACAUGCAGGCCUACCUGGCCUCGGCCUGCUGCACCUGCCCAAACGGACACUUGUCGCCAAAGCUCCACUGUGUGCUCUCGAAGAACUCGCCAGCAAAACCUUUAAGGGGCUUGAAGUGGGUGUUCUCCGAUCCGUAGAAGGAAGGGAUUGUUUGACACUCUAUACCCAACAGCAUAACCCCAAGAAGCGGAGAAAGUCCAGGACUGCAUUCACUACCAAUCAAAUCUACGCCCUGGAGAAGAGAUUUUUGUUCCAAAAAUAUUUGUCUCCAGCGGACAGGGACCAGAUCGCACAUCAACUGGGUCUAACGAACGCUCAAGUCAUUACGUGGUUUCAAAACCGAAGGGCCAAGUUAAAGCGGGACUUGGAGGAGCUGAAGGCAGACGUGAAGUCGGCCACAGCCAUUGGGAGUGUGCCGUUGGAGAAAUUGGACAAACUGGCCGAUUUGGAGAGACUGGUCAAUGGGACUGCGGGGCACCGGUCACCAGACACUCCGUCGGAAAAGCAGUUUCGGAUGCCCCCCAUGUCUCCACUUUCAGACCACACAGCUUGUAAAGAAAGCUCAGACGACGAGGACGAAGAGAUUGACGUAGAUGACUGA